AUGUCACGCGUCACCGUCACCGUCACCGUUUCCUUUCUCGCCUUCUUCAUCUCGCUAGUCGCCGUUUCUGGUGACGUCAUCAGGCUACCUUCUCAAGCUUCUAAAUUCUUCCGUAAGGCUGAGAACGACGACGGCGAUGAUUCUCCCGCCGGUAAUAAGUGGGCUGUUCUCGUCGCCGGAUCUAGCGGAUACUGGAAUUACAGACAUCAGGCAGAUGUUUGUCAUGCUUAUCAGCUUCUAAGGAAAGGUGGAGUCAAAGAAGAUAAUAUUGUAGUGUUUAUGUAUGAUGAUAUUGCAAAGAACAAAGAGAACCCAAGACCUGGAAUCAUUAUCAACAGUCCUAAUGGAGAUGAUGUUUACAAUGGAGUCCCCAAAGAUUACACUGGAAAAGAUGUUAACGUUGGUAACUUAUUUGCUGUGAUCCUUGGAAAUAAAACGGCUCUUAAAGGAGGAAGUGCUAAGGUUGUAAAUAGCGGUCCAAACGAUCAUAUCUUCAUAUACUAUAGCGAUCACGGUGGUCCAGGAGUGCUCGGGAUGCCAACUUCUCCUUAUCUAUAUGCAAACGAUCUCAACGAUGUCUUGAAGAAAAAACAUGCCUCAGGAACCUAUAAGAGCUUGGUGUUUUAUUUAGAGGCAUGUGAAUCUGGAAGUAUUUUCGAAGGUCUUUUGCCAGAGGAUUUAAACAUUUACGCGACAACUGCAUCGAACGCAGAAGAAAGCAGCUGGGGUACUUAUUGUCCUGGAGAUGAUCCUAGUCUUCCUUCAGAGUAUGAGACCUGUUUGGGUGACUUAUACAGUGUUUCUUGGAUGGAAGAUAGUGAUAAACACAAUUUACAGACAGAGAGUUUGCACCAGCAAUAUGAACUGGUGAAAAAGAGGACGGCAGGCUCUGAUUCGAGUUAUGGUUCUCAUGUCAUGGAGUUUGGAGAUGUAGGACUCAGCAAGGAGAAGCUUGUCCUUUACAUGGGAACAAACCCAGACAAUGAAAACGUCACAUUUGUGGAUGAGAAUUCACUAAAGCUGCCUUUAAGAGUUACAAACCAACGUGACGCAGAUCUUGUUCAUUUCUGGGAUAAGUAUCAAAAGGCACCAGAAGGUUCUGCAAGAAAAGCUGAAGCUCAGAAGCAAGUCCUUGAAGCAAUGUCACACAGGCUUCAUGUUGACAAUAGCGUUCAGUUGAUUGGGGAACUCUUGUUUGGCAUUUUAGAAGGUCCUUCGGUGAGAGCUUUCGAGAGCCAUUGUGGAUCAUUGUCGCAGUACGGAAUCAAGCACAUGAGGUCCAUAGCAAACAUAUGCAACGCAGGGAUUAAAAUGGAGCAGAUGGAGGAGGCAGCUAUGCAGGCUUGUCCCACUAUCCCGGCCGGUUCUUGGAGCUCCCUUCACCGCGGAUUCAGUGCUUGA